AUUACAAUUAAAAUCCAUCACCAAUCGAGAAGUUUCCUGCUAUUCAAUCUCUGCUAAAAACCAUAUCAAUAUAGAUGUCACUCUUCAGUGGUUGAUUAAGCAGGGUAAAGGACAAAAGUAGUAAUUUUUUUUUUCCUUCUUAUUCCCACCCUUUAAAUACAAUAAAAACGCGACACAACCAUAUUUUCCUUUUUUUUUUCUCUCUCUUUUUUUUUAAUCAAAUGACUGACGAACAAAAGAUAUCCAUUAAUAAAAAAUCUGACUAUGGAACUCUCGCAUCAAAUACAAAACCAUUAUCUUCUGGUAUCGAUCCGGGACAAGAAAGGCUAAAUCAACUAGGUUAUAAGCAGGAGUUACAAAGAAGAUUAUCCACAUUUGCAACAUUUGGUCUUGCAUUCUCGAAUAUUGGUAUACUAUCAAACACAUCUGCUACAUUUCAAACCGUACUGCAACGAGGUGGACCUGUGACGAUGCUUCUAAGCUGGAAUAUCGUAGCAGUUUUUAUGAUGUGUAUAGCGCUCUCGCUAGCCGAAAUAUGCUCCUUGUAUCCAACUAGCGGAGGUCUUUAUUAUUGGGUUUAUGAGUUGCUGAGUCGUCAUCCUAGUGGAAAAUCAAAGGCGCCGAUUGCGUAAGUUUCAACUAUUAGGCAGAUCACAACGUGAAAUGUGACAUAUUCUUUUUUUAUUUGAUAGGGCGUUUAUUACUGGUUGGACCUAUUCGUUAGCGAAU